UCUCUUACAAAGGUGGUGUAGUUGCUGAGGUGUGACGUCACGCGGUGUCUGUCUUCCAGGACACCGGACGUGUUUUCGUUAACAAAUUAAUAUUGGAGACAUAAUUAAAAUGGAUAAACAACAAAAUGACCAAUUCAAGAACAGAAUGGGAGUAUUCAAGAACAAAGGAAAGGACCAAGAUGAGAUGAGAAGACGAAGAACGGAGGUCACAGUCGAACUAAGAAAAAACAAGAGAGAAGAAACAUUUUUAAAGCGACGUAAUGUACCAACAGUUGAUUCUACAGAUGAUGAAGAUGUUGAUAAACAACUCACCGCAGAUAACCUGGCAUUAAUUGUUGAAAAUGCAGCCAGUGAGGACCAGGCAGUUCAGCUUGCAGCAGUCCAGGCAGCCCGUAAACUUCUAUCAUCUGAUAGAAAUCCACCUAUAGAUGAUCUGAUCCAGUCUGGCAUCCUUCCCAUACUUGUCAAAUGUUUAGAGGGUACUGACAAUAUGUCUUCCCCGGACAGCCCAUCACUACAGUUUGAAGCAGCGUGGGCCCUGACAAACAUAGCAUCUGGUACAUCGAGGCAAACUCAGGCAGUGGUCCACGCUGGUGCUGUUCCUCUAUUCCUCAAGCUGCUACACUCGUCAAGCCAGAAUGUGUGUGAGCAAGCUGUUUGGGCACUAGGUAAUAUAAUUGGUGAUGGGCCUCAACUUAGAGAUUAUGUCAUCUCACUGGGUGUCGUCCAGCCACUGCUCAGCUUCAUCAACCCAGAGAUACCCAUUGGAUUUUUACGGAACGUGACGUGGGUUGUUGUUAAUCUAUGCCGAAACAAAGAACCACCACCUCCUCAACAAACUAUAAAAGAGAUUUUACCUGCUCUUAAUAUAUUGAUACACCACCAAGACACUUCUAUUCUGGUGGACACAGUUUGGGCACUGAGCUACCUGACUGAUGGGGGUAACAAUAAUAUUCAGUUGGUUAUAGACAGUGGUGUUGUGCCUAAGCUUAUACCACUUCUAUCUCAUAAAGAGGUUAAGGUCCAAACAGCAGCCUUGAGAGCCGUGGGUAAUAUUGUGACUGGCACUGAUGAUCAGACGCAAGUAGUCCUCAACUGUGGUGCACUGUUUCACUUCCCAGCUCUCCUCUCACACCAGAAGGAGAAAAUUAAUAAGGAAGCAGUUUGGUUCCUGAGUAACAUCACAGCAGGGAACAAGCAGCAGGUACAGGCAGUAAUUGAUGCUGGUCUCAUCCCCAUGAUAAUAACACAGCUAACGAAAGGAGAAUUUCAAACUCAGAAGGAGGCAGCAUGGGCCAUCAGUAACCUUACCAUCUCGGGUAGUAAACAGCAGGUUGCAUAUCUUGUAAGUGAAGGUGUAAUUCAUCCAUUCUGCAACUUAUUGACCUGUAAGGAUACCCAGGUCAUUCAGGUAGUGCUUGAUGGCAUUUCCAACAUCCUCAACCGAGCAGGAGAAGAUGUUGAAUUGGUGGCAAAUAUGAUAGAGGAAUGUGGUGGUCUAGAUAAGAUUGAAUUCCUCCAGAACCACGAAAAUGUAGAGAUAUACAAGUUGGCAUAUAGCAUUAUUGAGAGAUAUUUCUCAGAAGAUGAUGCGGAGGACCCCAGUUUAGUACCAGAGUCGACUGAGACAGAAUAUGCAUUCGACAAUAACAGUACUAGUGAGGGAGGAUUUCGCUUCUAGUGACUGUUGGCAACUAGGUUUAACUAAUUUCUCCUAUUUCAGUGAAUUAGUAAUUAUGAGUGGUAGGUGUUACCUAAAUAUAGUUGUAUUUUUUCAUAUUGAUAAUAGGAAAGCAUGAUACAGUAUAUUGCAUUGACACCUACAGCUCAUAAUGGCCGAUUUACACAUCAUCAUUAAAAUUGUUAUAUGAAUCUUCGCUGUUGAUAUUUCCAUACAGGUCCAUCUUUCUGAUAAGUAAGCAGAAUUAUAAACCUGGAUAAGUUUCCCAUAAUAUAUAAGUUAUAUAUAUAUAACUCUGAUGAAUCACUUGUGGGACUGAAGCUCAAAAAAUUGAGUAUUAUGAAAACUUAUCAAAGUGAAUAUUUGAUAUAUUAUAUAGUCAUGAACAUGUGCAUUUAAAAAUGAAAAGGAUAAAACUUGUUUGUAACUAGGAAAUCAUGUUAAAGGAAGUCAUUUAUAUACUAUUUUAAAAUAUAAAGUGAAUGUCUUCAGCAACUUGUCAGGAAAAACUAACAGUUGUUAAAUGGAAAAUCUGAAAAUUUUUACACGUCUUCAGAAAAGUCUUCAUAUUUGAACUUAAAGAUAAAAGGAAAUAAACUUACAGUGAUAUACGGGUUGAAUUAUUGAAAAAACUCAUCAUUAUUUAUGACACUGAAAAUUUACCUUCGUGAAGUGUAAAGAAAGAAUUCCAACAUAACGAACCAUUUCACGGACAAUAUUGUAAUACUAGAAGAAAUAUAUAUUUGUUGGUGUUGGUACAAAAGGUGAUGGUACCAGUAUCCCAAGCAUUAAUGGAGUGGGCAUAUUACAUAAGCCCAAUGUUCAAGUUGCCUUCAAGAAUUCUUGUCAACAAAAGUGAAUACCAAAGCUGGAUGCCAACUCUUGUCACUCCAAUGCUCAGUAAGAAUAACUUAAAUAUUGGUAAGAGUUUCAUCUUAUCAUGAAUUAUUUUACAUAAUCAUGUAAUGACAAAUUUUAGAUUAUUAUCAGGACAGUAAAAAAAGGAUACCGUUCAUAUUCAAACCCAACAAAUGGUUUUCCUCACACAGAUAAGUUUUCCUAUUAUGGAAGUUAAGAAAAGCACAUAUGUGCUGUACACAGUGAUUUAUGACCCCUCCCCCCCCCCCUUUUUUGUUUACUUUUGUGUUAUAUGUCUGUGUACAUUGGUUAUAAUUGUACUAAUUUUAUAAUGGUUAUUACCCAUUUUCCAGACCCUUUUGUAUGCCAUUUUUGAGUGCAACAUGAUGGCUGAUUUUUCAUAACUGAUCAGACAUCUUAAAUGCAUGAUCAAUACCAUAAGUUGGGUAGUUCGACAAACCCUUUCUUAGAAACUACAGAGGUUAUGAAUUCCAUCUUUUUUUUUCAUUUUCUGCUGUACCCCAAAGUUAUUCUUACCUUCUCUUUUUUUUUUUUUUUUUCCUUUCAAGUUUUAUUGAAUAUUGACAGUUGAACAUUUUCCAUUAAGCAAAUAUUUUCCUGUCUAAAUUGAGAUUCAUUAAAUUGUAAGUGGCACAAGCUCUUUUAAGUUGUUUGAAACGGUGUCUUAACUUCUACUUUUCUGUAGAGUUUGUUUGUACAAAGAGACGAGUUUGUUUAUUCCACUAUUUGAAUUGUAAUAUUAACAAUUUAGAUGAAGUGGCUGAGAAGCAAUCACAGAUCCAGUGUUAAUAAGACUCUAGCAGCUUAUGUAGAAGUUGGGAUUUGUUGUGUAAAGCAGCUUUGUGUCCACUGCAACAUACCUUUAGUGUCGUCCAAAGGCAUGGCUGAGAAAGGGAAUUACCUGCAGACUGAAGGUUAUCACUUUGCCUUUAUUUGAGACUUGCCUUCCCUUUUCUUGAACUGUCUGAUUACAGUUGUUUCCUUCAUGUUGCAAAUAAGAGAAGUCUUUAUUAUUCAAUUAAUUUUGAUGACUAUAUCCAUUGCAAUAUAGAAACACAAAGUGCAGAAUUAGGAAAUGGCUGCAGGAACUUACCAAUGAUAAGAAAGUUUAAUGUGAAAUGAACAUUGCAAGACUGAUGUCACAUUAUGUUGCAAGGCUGAUGCAACCCUGAGGCAGCAUGUCUUCUCUUACUUGCAGCAUCACUCUUGUUGUCAUAUAUGUUCCCUGGCAACACUUGGCACUUGAAACAGUAGGGAAACUCCCAACCACUUUUCAUUGACAUUUGUCCAGCUUAUGAGUAAAAUAUUUGUUUGUUUUUUAUUUAAAACUUGGGUGGGUGGCUCUACGUGUCAAAGGUGAGUGCUGUACUGUACACAAACACCUAAGAUAGACCUCAAUAUUGAUGUGUAAAAUUUAAUGCAUUUUAAAGUUGUAUUUUUAUUGUAUAUAGUACAGUAUAGUAUUAUUUGGCAUUGAUAAACGUAUAUAUAACGGAAACAGUGCCCAAGUGUGUGCCAGGAACCACUUUCCCCUCCUCUCCUGCCUUGAGCCAAGAAAAGGUUGGAAAUGCUCAUAUCGCACCCCCAUGGCUGUGUCUUACAUUUAUAUAUCAAGCUUGUUUUGCUGAAAAUGUCAUAGAUAAUAAUAAUGAGAAUUUAUUACCCUAUGUUAGGUUGUAAUGGUAUUGCUAAAGUUUUUGCAGGGCUUUCCAGCGUCUCAACCUUUUCUUUGUAUCAGAAGUAUUUUUUACCAGAAAAAGAGGUAUUACCAGAUGACAAAAUUUUAGGUUUUUUUUUUAUAUAUAAAUAUAUAUAAAUAUAUAUAUAUAUAUAUAUAUAUAUAUAUAUAUAUAUAUAUAUAUAUAUAUAUAUAUAUAUAUAUAUAUAUAUAUAUAUAUAUAUAUAUAUAUAUAUAUAUAUAUAUACAGUAUAUAUAUAAUUUCAUCAAGUCCAAAGACCACAAGAAGAAAUGCUGUUAAUCAGUGAUAGCUCAAGUAUUGCAGUGGUACCUUGUCUACUAAUGGCAGUACCUCUUAUACCAUAUGUCCUAUAUUAAUUUGUGAAAGGCUUCUGUAUCACAAGCUCAUCAAAUUAUUUUACAAUAGGGUAAUUCAUUAGUUUCAGUGAUUUUCAAGACGGGUCAGACAUUUUACAAUAUGUAGAUCUCAUGCAAAAUUAGUGAAACUGCUAGAAUACCCUAGUCACUGUUGGGGUUGUUUUGGGGAAGCUCAGUUAACCUUUUGAAGUUGUCUGUCAUAAACAAAUAUUUGCCAUGUUGACUGUGUCUGGUAAGAUUGAUUUCAUUCAAAUAUUUAUAUAUUGUUGAUUGGAGUACAGUAUUUGGGAACUGAUUUCAUAGCUUUAACAAGGAUUAGCUGUAUAUAAAUUAUCGUGGGACAUAUGGAAGCCUUUGUGCUGGUAAGGUUCAGUGACUAGGCAUUGCUCGAAUGUCAGAUCCCUUAAAACCUAAGAUGUAUUUAUAUGUGACUGAAAGCUAAGCUUGUUCUGCUACCAAAAUUAUUAUAAAUUUAUGUAUUAUGUAUUUGGUAACAUAUUUGUACAGCAGUUCUGAGUGAUUAUUUUUUAAGGUCAAAUACUGUAUGAGGAUUUUCAUAUUCCAUUAGGACACAAAUGAAGGUUUGAUCAUAUUUUGGGUAUUCAUUUACACUCAAAAAAAUAAAACUGCUUCCUCCUGUUGAAAUGAAAUCUGAAAAAAAAAGUUAACGCAACUUGGAUUUAUGUAAUUAUUUGAUAAUCAUGAUAUCCUGACAUAGCGAGCAUCUGCUUAAAACCGCUGUUCAUCUUCCCAAGCACUCACACACACACACAUACAUAUACAUACACAGUGGGGAUGUCUUUCCAUGGGUUUUGCAAGAACAUAUUCCUUAAUAUUUUCCAAUUGUAUGUCCAAGGGCCAAGUUGCCAAUUUUUUUCUCUCUCUCGGUGCUACAGGAUUUCAGGCUAAGCUUGGUAUUUAACCUCACUGAGGAAGUACAACAAAAUGACAUUGGGGUGUUAUUCCAAGGUACUCUGGAAUGGCCUCUAUUCACCAUCCAAUUUAUUAUAGUCUCACUGAAGGCUAUAAUGACUUAACUUCAAACUGUGAUUCACUUAAGCAUAUAUGAGCUUUACUUGCCUUGUUUAGCCUGUUCAUGUGCCUCAAAUGAAGUAUGUAUAGCAAAGAUGUGUGUUCUUGUAGGCCAAUGUGUUACACAUCCAAGAGUAGACUGGGAUGAAUCAUAUCUUGGGAAACAGUCAACCCUGGGGUAUGUAAUUUUUAUUGAAUAUGUGGUCUCUCACCCCACAAUGGGCACAUCAAUUUUAUAAUCACAAAGAUUGUAAAACUUUUACAUGUUACAAUAUCACUGUCCAUUUUAAACGUUAAAAAAGGGCAAUUUUUAUUUAGUUUUGAGGCAUAAUCACCACGAAAAAAUAUUAAUAUAAAAUUCCCUACCGCCUUUGUUGAUGCGAGAGACCACGUACGAAUUUCCAAGACUCCCCACAUUAGAGCCUCCAGGGUCAUGAUAUCAUAGAAUCAGGUCAGACAUGGCCAGUGUAUUCAGUUGACAACCCUUGAACUUUAUAUUGUAAUUCAUGUUUCUUAAUUUAAAUCGUUUCUAAUAUGUACUCUUGUAAAUCUGACAUACAGUACUGUAGAUUGUUCGCAUGCAGUAAACCAUUUUCUUUAUAAGAGGGAACUGAUACCUUGUAAAUUAAUUGGUCCUUUACUUUUGUAGACAUAGAAGCUUCUUUUUCACGGAGGCUUUUUAUUUAUUAUUUUUUAUUCUUUAUUUUUAUAGUUUUUUUUAACCCUUGUGUGUCAUUUUGGUAUGCAAAGGAAAUCAGCUGAUUCUUUGAUGACAUGUCGCCCAUGAUUCUAUCCAAAGCUCUCUGAGAAUUAAUUGCAAGCAGGUAAUAAUAUAUAAUGUCAAAGGAGUCUCUCAGAGGGCUUGUUGCUACUGCAGAGUGUCAUUAUCUGCCCCCUUCUUCUGUCCCUAGGGUGAAUGUAUUAUUAUGUGAACUUGAAGAUGACAAAAGUUAUCAUCACCCAAAUAAAUGAAGGAGAUCAA